AUGCAGCGACGCUGGCGAGUCUCUCUCCUGACGAGCAUUAUCCUCCACUGGCAGUGUUUUGUGCAAACGCGAAAAGCGUUACACGCUGUCCUGUCCUCGUGGAGGCAACUUUUGCAGCAGCGAAGUCGCGCGUUCGCCGCGUGUCGGCAAGCACAACGCAAGCACUGCUUCCAGCACUGGCUCCGAGCCUUCACCUGGCAUCGUGAACGUGGCGCACUCGAUGAGGCUGCUAUUCAGUUCGCCGCGUCUCGGCAGCGGUGGCGCCACGGCCCAACACUGCUUGAGGCAUAUGGUGGGGGCGCAGAGGUGCUAGCGCUUCUACAGGGAAGACCGCAUGCAUCGGGUACUGGCACCGUGGUGGUGGCCGCGGUUGGACCUCGACUGCUCCUGCGGCGCCUCUUUUUGGCGUGGAGGCAACGGACGGAGUGGCGGCUGAUGGCGCACUUGGCUGCGUGGCACUACGUCCAACAGAUGCGCGUCAAUGUAGCGCGGCGAGUGUGCAGCUGUGCGCGUCGUCUCGCGCUACAGCACCACCGCAGCCGGCCCGAGCAUCAGCAACAGCGCGCUGCACCCGCAGCACAAAGCCUAGGCGCAGGCAGUGGUGUCGUGGAGGAGCAAUCGCGAGCCCCACUUCGUGUGUGUAUCGUUCCCGUCGCGCAGAGGGGGCUCCUCAAGUACAAGGUCAGCGCAGCGCGUUGCAUUGCGCACGCGGCCCAGCUCCGCAGCUGCUUUGAUUGGUGGCACAUUCGCGUCCGGGCCCGUCGGGCAGAUCGUUUUCAUCUCCAGUGCGUGUACGCCCACGUCGUGUGCCGAUGGCUGCAGGCCCUCGCCGCUCAUCGAGCGCGCCGGCAGCGGAAGCGGCUGGUUCUUUCUCGCUGGGUGGCGGCCACGGAACGUUGCCAGGCAACUGCAGUGGCGUGGAAGCUGCAUGUAUAUCAGUUGGCUCGCCAUGCACUCCGGCUCUGGCGAAGCCGUCUCACAGUGCGUCUGACGCAUCAAGCGCAGCUGCUGCAAGGCUGCUUCGGGCGUUGGAGGGAUCGGACGCUGCUGCAGCGCGCAACCAGAGCUCUCCAGCGCACGCGACAGCACGGUUUGCUGCGACAAUGGCACUGCCGUACAGAGGCGCGUGUACAGGUGCGCACAAACCUCUACGUGGCCGACACGAUCAGUGAAACAGCGCUUGUACUCGGCUGCUUUCGGCGGUGGCGUUUUCGCGCUGCGGAGAGGCAUCGCGCUCGCCUCGCGUGGGGUGUUCUGGCGCAGUUGCGGCGGGAGCGACUGAGCCGGCACUGCUUCGGCGUAUGGCGUAGGCGCACUUUGGCCCCCGAACGGCCAUGGGCAAGGCAUCUCACAAAGGAUCGCUCCUCCCCUCCUAUGUCGCUGAUUGUGUAA